GGCAGUCCGAAGCUGAAGCCAACAGACUUCAAUCAUGCAUUCUCAACACUGAGAAAGCCAUCGCAUGUCAAUGUGAACGUACCUUCAACCAUCUUUCAAACACCUAUCAUCCGCCCAAACUACUAGCAAAGCAUCUGUCAAUCCACUUAUGGGACGCCAAAUUACUAUUCAAGCAGAGAUAAACAUUAUUCGCGAGCUUAUAGCCACACUAGACCGUGUAGAAACAGAGAAAGAAGCCGAUGCAGAAUAUUCCAAUAGUUCCUCGCGCUUACAUGCUGAGAAUAGGUCUAUCCAUUAUGAUAUCAUAUCGAGGAAGUGUAAACAUGACGUUUUGAGGACUAGCUCACCAUCGAAACGUCCAAAACACGAAUGAUAUCUCAGCUUUUUGCCAACAGUAGGAUGGUUAUUUUACACUGUAUUUUGUACAAUGCACAUAUGUGAUAGUUUACAUUUUUUUUAAAUAUUGUUGUUGUUCC